GUGCCCUCAGUUCCGGCGGCGUGCGGCCCGCUGCGCGGAGGAGCGUUGGGCCCCGUGCGUUCUCGCGCCGCGCUGAGAGCUGCACCGCGCCGCCGCCAUGAGUGAGGCAGAGGUGAACCCCAAAGCUUACCCGCUGGCUGACGCGCAGCUCACCAAGACGCUGCUGGACCUCGUGCAACAGUCCUGCAACUACAAGCAGCUACGCAAAGGAGCCAACGAAGCCACCAAAACACUGAACCGAGGAAUAGCAGAGUUCAUUGUGAUGGCUGCUGAUGCUGAACCCUUGGAGAUCAUCCUGCACCUCCCUCUUCUCUGCGAGGACAAGAACGUUCCUUACGUGUUCGUGCGCUCCAAGCAGGCCUUGGGCCGGGCGUGUGGGGUUUCCAGGCCUGUCAUCGCCUGCUCCAUCACUAUCAAGGAGGGAUCGCAGCUAAAGCCUCAGAUCCAGUCUGUACAGCAAGCUAUAGAGAGACUGUUGGUCUGAGCGCCCAUGAGUUUGAGUGUGUGUGGAAUGGGUAAUGGUGAAGUCAGGGGGAAUUAAUGUCUAGCUUUAGUUGAUGACAUUAUAGUUUUGAUAUCAGUGUUCCAUUUCAAUAUUCAUAUUUUUGUUUAAUAGUGGCUUAAUUCUUAAAGUGUCUCUGCCUCUUUUCCCCUCCCUUUUUCUAUUAUUCCACUCCAACACCCAUUCUUGUUGUAUUACUUCUUGAAAAGUGAUAGUACAACUGUAUUUACUGCUUGACAUUUAAAAGAAAAAAAAAUCCCCUCCUAUCUCCACAUCUGCCUGCUCAGGGCUUUUAUAACCUACCCACUAGCUUCCUAAUACUUCAGCCUCUAACAGGUCUAUCUCUCUGUUUCAGAAUGGUUUACUCUAUGGGGGAAUAAGGUAUGUUGGUUCCGCAGCACAACGUGUGUAUUUGGGCUGCUGGAGUUGUUGCUUUGAAGUGAAGCAGCACAGACCAAGCAUAGGACUGUGGCUACUGUGUAGCAGCUGGUAGAGCCAGGAUCAGUACACAUAGCACAACCCUUCCUUCAGAUCAGGCAAGAGACUUCUCUAAGAGGUGUAUGGGGAGCUGAAAUCGUACGGCAGCGCGCAAGGGGAAAUCUCUAAUUUCACUUAUUUUUAAAUGCUGAUUUUUUUUUUUUUUAAGAAAAUAAAAUUACUGACGAAUCUAAAUACAGGAAUGUCCAGAAUUGUCAUUCCCUUGGGAAACCACUUGCUAACUGAAGUGUUCCUACUUGUGAAGCUGAACUGCUCAGAGAUCGCCUAAAGGCCAUCAUGGUGUAGUAGAUCAAUACUCCCUCAGUUUUCUUUGCAUGGAUUGCAACAGUGAUCUGCGAAGUUUGGGCUUCCUAAGACAUUUAAAUACAAAACUUAUUCUUGGGUAGAGAGCAGCUCGCUGUGUCUGAUAAGUACCACACAUCUGGCCAAUAACUGUAAAAAUUAUCUCAUGCUUUUAGAGAAGCUACUGCGCUAUAGUUACAUGGCAGAAGAUCAACCCUUUAAGUCAUGGCCUGGACAACAGUGGGAAAAGUGAUUUCUCAGAUAAAACGACCUGUGACUCAAGAAGAUGAUGCAUAAUUUCAUGAUCUUGAAAAGCAUGAAUGCACCACCAGCAUUCUGGAUCUGGAGUGGUUUCAUGGAGCUAGCUGUAGUUCAGUGCAUGUUGUGUUAUAAAUCCCAUUUCUGUUCUGAACAGAAAUGUAAACCUCUGCAUCGGAGUGGAUCAUACCAAAUUUGUCUUUUGCAGGAUGCCUGGACUUAACAGCUGGAAUCUUAUCCCCAGCAUUUUGUCUCCUUGUGUGGCUGCCCAGCUCAGCCGUGCCUCCCACCUUUCCGAGGCAGAAAGGAAAACUAAAGUGGAAAGACCAAUAGGUACAACAGCAGAAGGGAAAAUAAGUUGUGUAACAUUGUCACAGUGGUACCAACUGCAUACUUUUAUUAAGUAUAUCUCAAGCAGAUGAAAGCAGCUCACGCAAGACUUAAGACAAACUAUCUUUUUGUUAAGGGCUGAUAAAUUCAUCUUAGCAAGAAUAUUACUGUCGUGUAUACAAAGAUCUCAGAGCCCUGUUGUUUGUACAAAUUUUGGAAAGCCUGCUGUUCCAUCUACCAAUUCUGAUCACUGAGCUAGUCGUUUAAAACAACAGCUUGCCCCAUCUGUACUGUGCCAAGACAGCUUAUGUAACACAAAGAACAUACAAACCAGAAAUAAAGGAUUCUAGAGAAAAUAAA